ACCUGGCCAGGCAAGAUGGCCCCUCUGAGCCUCAGUUUCCCCAUCUGCAAGGUGGCGCCGUCAGCCCUGCCUCGGUGCUUGCCCACAGGUGCCAUGACGCAGCAGCCGCAGGAGGGUUUCGACAGGAGCGUGGAGGACGCGCGGCAGUGGAUGAAGGCUGUGCAGGAGCGGCUGCAGAUCAGCGACAACACCCAGGGACCGCGUGCGGCCCUGGAGGCCAGGCUGCGGGAGACCGAGAAAAUAUGCCAGCUGGAGCCCGAGGGGCGCGUGAAGCUGGACCUGGCGCUGCGGGCGGCUGAAGCCCUCCUGGCAUGCUGCCCCGAGGACCAGAAGCCAGAGAUCCUGGCCCGGCUGAGGGACAUCAAGGCCCAGUGGGAGGAGACCAUCACCUACAUGACUCACUGUCACAGCCGCAUCGAGUGGGUUUGGCUGCACUGGAGCGAAUACCUGCUGGCCCGGGAUGACUUCUACCGCUGGUUUCAGAAGAUGGUGGUGGCGCUGGAGCCGCCCGUGGAGCUGCAGCUGGGCCUGAAGGAGAAGCAGUGGCAGCUGAGCCACGCCCAGGUACUGCUGCACAACGUGGACAACCAGGCCGUGCUCCUGGACCGGCUGCUGGAGGAGGCGGGCUCCCUGUUCAACAGGAUCGGGGACCCCAGCGUGGACGAGGACGCCCAGAAGAGGAUGAAGGCAGAGUACGAUGCAGUGAAGGCCAAAGCCCAGGACAGGGUGGACCUGCUGGAGCAGGUGGCCCGGGAGCAUGAGCAUUUCCAGGCAAGUGUGGAUGAGUUCCAGCUGUGGCUGAAGGCCGUAGUGGAGAAGGUGGCCGGCUGCCUGGGGCAGAACUGCAAGCUGACCACCCAGCACCGUCUCUCUGCGUUGCAGGACAUUGCCAAAGAUUUUCCCAGGGGUGACGAGUCUUUGAAGAGGCUGGAGGAACAGGCCGUGGGGGUCAUCCAGAAUACCUCUCCUUUGGGUGCAGAGAAGAUCACUGAGGAACUGGAGGAGAUGCGGAAAGUUCUGGAGAAGCUGCGGCUCCUCUGGGAGGAGGAGGAGGGGCGGCUGCAGGGCCUGCUCAAAUCCAAGGGGGCCUGUGAGCAGCAGAGGAGGCAGCUGGAGGCCGAGCUGGGAGAGUUCAGGAAGGGCCUCCAGAGGCUGGCGGAGGAGGGCCUGGAGCCCCAGGCGAAGGCGGGGACUGAGGACGAGCUGGUGGCCUGCUGGAGACUCUACUCGGCAACGCGGGCGGCGCUGGCCGCGGAGGAGCCCCGGGUGGACUGGCUGCAGGCGCAGCUGAAGGAGCUCAUCGCCUUCCCGCAGGACCUGCAGCCGCUGUCGGACAGCGUCGUCGCAGCCAUCCAGGAGUACCAGAGCAUGAAGGGAAAGAGCACCAGGCUGCGGAAUGCCACGGGAACGGAGCUGUGGCAGCGUUUCCAGCGGCCUCUGCAGGACCUGCAGCUGUGGAAAGCCCUGGCCCAAAGGCUCCUGGAUGUUACCACCAGCCUGCCAGACCUGCCCUCCAUUCAUACCUUCCUGCCCCAGAUUGAGGCGGCCCUGGCCGAAAGCUCCCGCCUGAAGGAGCCGCUGAUGAUGCUGCAGCUGCGGAAGGACCUGCUGAGCAGCAUCUUUGGCCAGGAGAGAGCCACGGCCCUGCUGGAGCAGGUGGCGAGUUCCGUGAGGGACAGAGACCUGCUGCUCAACAGCCUUCUGCAGAGGAAAAGCAAACUGCAGAGCUUGCUCGCUCAGCACAAAGAUUUUGGGGCUGCUUUUGAGCCCCUGCAGAGGAAGCUCUCGGACCUCCAAGUCAGAGUCCUAGCCGAGAAUGGGCUCCAGCGGGACCUUCCUGGGAAGCAGGCCCAGCUUUCGAGGUUGCAGGGGCUGCAGGAGGACGGGCUGGACCUGGGGGUGCAGGUGGAGGCCGUGAGGCCUCUCAUCCAGGGGAACUCCAACCACCAGCACAAAAUGGACCAGCUCUCUGCCGACUACCAGGCCCUGCAGAGGUUUCUGGAGGACCUUGUGGACGGGUGCCAGCAGAGCGUGCGGGAGCAUUGCACCUUCAGCCACAAGCUGCUGGAGCUGCGGCAGUGGAUAGCAGUGGUCACUCAGAAGCUGGAGUCACACCUGGGGGACACAGGCCCGUGGGAUGCGCAGGCCCGAGAGGCCGAAGUCGAGAGGCUGCUGGCUGAAUUCCCAGAGAAGGAGGCCCAGCUGCCCCUGAUCAAAGCGCACGGCUGGCUGGUGAUGGAGAAGUCUUCUCUGGAAGGGGCCGCUGUGGUCCAGGAGGAGCUGGAGGAGCUGGAGGAGGCGUGGCGGGCCCUGAGGCUGCUGGAGGAGAGCCUGCUGAGCCUCAUCAGAAACCGGCAGCUACAGAGGACGGAAGUGGAUUUGGGGAAGAUAACGAUUUUCACCAACAACAUCCCGAAGCCUGGGUUUCUCAUCACCCCCACGGAGCCUAUUGCCAGGUAUCGCCGCCAGGCAGGUCUGCUCCAGGAAGAAGCGGGCAGCCAGGAAGAUUUCUCCCAGCUCCUGAUGAACUUUGAGCAGUGGUUGCAGCUGGAAAAUUCCAAGCUGGUUAGAAUCAUCGCCAUGAGAACUGCCACAGCCAAGGACUUGAGGACCAGAGAGAUGAAGCUGCAGGAGCUGGAGGCUCGGGUACCAGAAGGUCAGCAUCUCUUUGAGAACCUCCUUCGUCUCGGGCCAGCAAGGGAGACCUCGGAGGAGCUGGAGGACCUGCGCUACCGGUGGAUGCUGUACAAGUCCAAACUCAAGGACUCCAGCCACCUGCUGACACAGAGUUCUCCAGGGGAGACGACGGGAUUCCAGAAGCUGCCUACACGCUUGCCAACUCAGUGCCACCGGAUCUGUUUGCCUGCACACCCAGACACGUGAAAUGUAAUUGCUUUUCAAGUUGCAUUGGGCCGUGAGUUGACUCCGUUCCUGUGUUGGCCCGGGAAAGAGAUGCAGUCCCACCUGAGACCAGCUUUGAGUUGGGGAAGAGAUUUGCAAAUGCUGCUGUUUGUCUGGGUAAACGAGGGCAGGGCCCGGGUGCCAAUUUGCAGGAGAGUGGAGCAAAUUCCACCCGUGCACUGCAUGUUGUGGCCUCGGGGAUAUCGAUCCAGAUGUUGAGCGACCCAGGAGUGGCAUUUUAUUUACUUGACCAUAUUUCAUAGGUCAUAGGUUUCAAGCCUCAUAAUUUUUCACACUUUCCCGUCUCUGGAUUUGGGGUGUCUCAUUGCAAUCUAGUUCUUCCUGCAAGGAUUUGGGUUGGCUUCCUUUCACAGCCCAGGACACUACCCACCUGAGAUUUCUUUAAAUUAAAAUGCUGUGCUUGCGGAUUGUGUUUUGUUUGUUUUCCUUCGGACCACACUGAUUGUGUAAAUUCAGGCGACCCACCUCCGGGAUCUCCAGCCUGUGGUUCAGAUCCUGUGGGAGAGUUUUCUUUCUCACCACUCAACCCGUGCCAAGAUAAGACCUUGAAUUUCCUUGCUUCUCCUUUCUGGGAGGCGGGAUUAUUCCUCAUCUCCACGGAAGGCGCAGCCCUGUGGCACCCCAGCUUUAUGUGGGGUCUCCCCUCAGACGCUCCAUCUUGGUUGCUGGUUCUUUUCUUUCUCAGUGGUAUAUAAAAUGAUGGUGCCCCUACAGUCAGUGUCGUAGAUCAGAUGAAAUAUUGUAAUACCAAAUCGCAGAAAGCGUUCACGAGUUUCCUAGUUAGAUAACUUUUGCAAUAACUAUGAUUUUUUAAAAAAAUUCCCUACUGUGUGUUGGGCACUGGGCUAGUUCCGCUGUGUGGAACACCGUGCUAGUCUCUGAUGCUCACGACCACCUUCUCCUUUCUAGUGGGAGGAGAGUGACCUUUGGCCCCUCCUCCCUAAGUGGCAACAGGCCCCAGUAGGGUGGGGGCAGAGGGAACGCAGCUUAACUCUAUCUUCCUGCGAUUCACUGGGCAACUUCCGGGGUCAGUCAAAUCCGGCUCUUCCUGGGCAAAUUCUGCCUUUGACCUGGGCUCUGCUGGGGCCAUGCCGUCUCUGACCUUCAGAAGGAGAGAGCUGGGGACAGGCCUCAAACCGUGUGCUACGUCAUCCCUGGGGUCCUGUCUGUCCAUCCAUCUUCUGAUCCCAGAGUGACUGGCGGUCGCAGAUUUGUGACAGAGUCAGUGCUAACCUUGGGACAUGAAGGUUUUGAAGCUUGUCUUUGCUGAAAUCCCGAGAAGAGUUAUCAACAUUCGUUCUUUCUAUUUCUUGCUCCUGCCGUUGUCAGCUCACCUGCCUUCCACCCCCCACUUUCUUUAACAUCCCUCCCAAGGAGGUAACCAGCAGCUCCCUCUUCACAGCCCAGUAGACAUGUUUCUGUCCUCUUGUGCUCGGGCUGUGGGCAGCCGUGGGGCUGAUGACCGCGUUCUCUGCCCACAGUGGCUCUGCCGGCCCUUCUCAGCCUCUGUCGUCGGGGCCUCUCUCUGUUUUGUUUUCUCCAGUUAUCAGAAUCAGUGUGGGUAAAAUUCACUGUUGAUGAAAUACUAUUAUUUAAUCCAUAGUCCAUAUUAAAAAAUUUAAGGCUAUCUCAAUAGUCUUUAAAAAAAUUAAUAGACUUUAUUUUUUUGGAACAGUUCUAGGUUUACAGAAAAAUUCAGCAGAAGAUACAGAGUUCAUGCACCCCCUCGCCUCGCCCCACGCUGCCACUGUUUCCCCUAUUGUUAACAUCUCGCAUUAGAAUGAAUGUUGGUUAUAACUGAUGAACCGAUAUUGAUACACUGUUAUUAACUGAAGUCCAUAGUAUACAUUAGGGUUCACUCUUGGUGUUGUACCAUCUAUAGGUUUUGUUGAAUGUAUAAUGACAUUAUCCACCAUUACAGACUCACGCAGAACAGUUUCACUGCCCUGAAGAUCCUCCGUGGUGCACCUGUUCAUCUUCCCUAGACACCCCGGCAGCCACUGAUCCUCCUACUGUCUCUGUAGUGUCGCCUUUUCCAGAAUGUCAUAUAGCUGGACUCCUACAGUCUGUAGCCUUCUCAGAUUGACUUCCUUCACUUAACAGCAUGCAUUUCAGUUUCUUCCAUGUCUUUUGUGGCUUGAUAGCUCAUUUCUUCUUAUCACAGGAUACUACUCCAUUGUAUUAAUGUGCCACUCACAGUCUUUUUUAUAGUUUUUCCCUCAGUCCAGGAUCCAUUCCAGGAUCACACAUUGCAUUCAGUUGUCACAUCUCUUUAGUUUCCUCUGAGCUGGAACUAUUGCUCAUUUCUUCUUGACCUCGACCUUCUUGAGUACAGGCCAGAGAUUUGACGGGAUGUCCCUCCAGGUGGGUUUCCCUAAUGGUCCUCGUGGUUGGAACGGGGUUUUGCCUCUUCUGGCGGGAAUGUCACAGCAGUGAGGCUGUGUUCUGAGUGCGUCUUACUGGGACACACAAUGUCAGUAUGCCCCCAACAUUGGUGGUGCUAACUCUGACCGCGUGGUUAAGGUGGUGACUGCCGGAUUUCCCUGCUGUAAAGCUGCUAUCGUUUCUUUUGUAAUUAGUAAGUAAUCGGUGAGGCAUUGCUUAGAGACCCUGGAAAUACACUGCCUCUUUCUUCAAUGCUUGUAUCCUCAGGGUUCUCUGGGGCCUCUUUCCCUCUCAUGACUUACUCUGUUCCUGGCAUGUUUGUUCUCCUACUCUAGACCUCUUGCUGUCUCUGGUCCAGCUCCAGUCCGGGGCUCUCCUUCUAGCUUCAGUCCCAAAGGCCCAAGCACCUGCUAGGUGUCGACUCGGGAGUCCCACAGACCCCUCAGACUCCGCGUAUCUAAAGCUGAGCUCAUUGUCUUCCCCGCGCCCAACCAAGCUCCAGUCUCCAUCUCGGUGGACAGCAUCAUGACCACCCAGUUUCCCAAGCUGGAUGCCUCCAGGUCAUCCUGGACCCUCAGCCACCUCGGUUCUAGUCCUGGGCUUGGAAGAGCUGGGUCAUGGAUGGAUCUCAGAUGAGGAAAGCUGAGAGAUGCACGGGGUGGGGGAGCAACCUUAUGCCCAUACAUGUGCUCCUGAAUGAGGCUCCGUCCUUGCUGAGUAAUGACAGUCACUGCUGUCUCUGAUCGUUUCAUCUGGAGGGAUUCCCACCCAUUGACUAAGCCACCUGCAAAAGGCCAGCUCAGAUUGUCUUUCUCUGUCACCUCCAAAACCAACUCAGGGUUCCGGAAAAAUAGAGUCCUGUGGCCUGGCCAUCGUAUGCAGAGCCCCACAGUGAGGAGGUGACACGGACCCAGCCCCGCCCCAGCCACUGCCAUCCUGUCCCUGGGAGGGACUCUCCGGAGCCUCUGAGCCCUCAUGGGAAGUGGAUCUUGGGCUGCAACUUGGUGCGUCAGCCCCGAGAACCAAGUGGGGAAGUUGUCCAAGGCAUCGUGGGCAGGGCCCAGCCCGGGGACCGGGGACGCCCUAGGACUCCCGGGAGCUGUCUGGGAAGUGCGGCAGGCCCCAGACACAGCCCCCUUCUGGGGAUUCCAGAGGAAGCCCAGGAGAGGAGGCCAGCCAGCACGCGGCUCGACGGUCCAGACGGACAUCCAGGGGCUGAACUAAUUGCUAGGUGACAGAUUAGUGAGGGGCACGGGGGCUGGCCCGUCUUGAAUUGCCGGAGAAAAGCCAGCCACUGUCCAUCACUCUGAGCUCUCAGUGAUGGCCUGGAAGCAUCUCCUGGAGGAGAAUGACGCCCAAAGAGCUCCCGGGAAAGCCCCCGAAAGCCCCACGGGUGAUGGGGUGUGACUUCCACACAUGGGGCUCCGGGUCAGCGUGGGACCAGCUCCAACCGGUCUAGGCUGAGUGACAGCAGAGGCCCAGGGUGACUUUCGUGGUUGUUGCCGUUUAGCUGUUUCUUACGAGAUGCGCCGUGUGGGAUGGUGGACACAGCCUGGGCUGUGGGGCAGUGCUGGUGAUUUGAGUCUGUCUGUGUGACCUUGGGCUGGUCCCUUCCCCACAGGCUCAGUUUCUUCCUCUGUGAAAUGGGCACAGGGCAGCCACCUCACGUUGCUGUGCUGGAGCUCCGGAAGCCAUGAGUGAGGGAGGAGAGCCAGUGCACGGCUUGGGGGUGUUCUCAGUGUGUUCAUUAACGAGCAGAGCCCAGAUGUUCUGGGGGAACCAGGGGUCAGCAAGCAUCUGUGUGAUCACACCACGGGCACCGAGGGAGGAGCAGACGGCCAGGUGCAGAGGAGGGAAGGAGCCUUGUAUUCAGUAUUUCCAUCGUUCAGCAAGUAUUUAUUGAGCACUGCUGGGGAUAGAGCAAUGAACCAAACUAAUGUGGAUCCUGCCUCCUAGGAGUCAGGGGGAACGUGGACUUUAAUCCGUAAUCCAAAGGAAAGGUGCCUUGAGAGUGUGUAACGGGGGCUUUUUGGGUCCAGAGGCAGGGAAGGUCUCCCUGAGGAAGCGACUCACAGCUGAGAUUAGAACAGCCAGUGGGAGCUAACCAUGUGCAUUGGAGAAACACAGGAAAUGAGUAUUCCAGGCAGAAGGGAUAGCCUAUGCAAAGGCACUGUGGCAGGAGGAUGUGAGGGCCUUUAAGAGGCCAAGAGAUGGCAUUUAAGGAGGGCAGUGCUUUUCUCUCUGAUGGGGCUGGAGAGGUUGAUGGUGCCUGAUCCCUGGCAUCUGGGUGGAGGGGGAAGCUCGAGGGGCUAGUGGGAACUGCCCAUCCUCCCCAGUAUCCAUCAGUUAGAGGAGGAAGGGAAUGAGCAUGCAUUGAGCCCCAACUAUGCAUGGUAAGCAUACACUGCCUCAUUCAUCCUUAUAACCUUAGUGGGUAGGUAUUUUUUCCCCCUUUUCCUCAACAGAUGAAGGAAGUGAGGCUCAGAGAGGCUGAGUGGCCUGUCCUAGGUCACACAGCUAGGAAGUGACAGAGCCAGGGUUAGAACCCAAACUCCAACCCUUUUCUUUUCCCUCCCAUCCCCUUUCAUCAGUGGCAGAAGAUCAGGUCACACUUACUGGGAUAAACUCAUCUUGCCUGAACCCUCAAAUCUCUAGGGUCUUGGGUUUGUGUGAGAUCUCAAAGGCCUCUUGGUCAGAGCCUCUCCCAAGCUUUUAAUGACCCUACACAACAUCCCUGUUUCCUCCCCACGACCAGGAGCUGUGGUCCCUCUGCUUCCAUACCCCACAGGACAGGGGGCCUCUCACUUCCCGAGGAAGCCUUUCUCUCUUUGGAUAGCUCUAACUGGGUAGAACACAGGUAGUACUUUCUCUGGGGAAACUGAGGCACAAAGAAGCUGAGACUGUCAAUUUCUUUGUUGUCUCCUUAGAAGCUAGUUCAUGCCAUUUGUGUGUGUGUGGGGGGUGUUUUCUAAGCAUUUGAGAAUCAUAUUAGAAUGCAUCUUUUAUUUGAGAGAGCAUUCUAGAAUUCAAGGCCCUCCAAGGGAAGGUGUGAGCUGUAAGGAAACAUCUCCUGGGUAAUCUCAGGAGCCCUUUGAACAGGACCACCCCUUGUCAACACAGGUAAAUGCAAACACACUUUGGGCCCUGGGAAGAGGUUUCCCCCUGAGGACCAUGGCCAAAGCAUGACUCCUCGCUUCAGCAAGUGAAGGGUAGCUCUGAGAACAGCGGAGCAAACGGAAGCAGGACGCUGUCAACAGAUUCUCCAACGGGAACCAUUAAUUGCAGGGUUUUAGUUGUGGUAAAAACCCAGGUUGCGCCUACAGCGUGUUGUCUCGCCCGCUCUCUCUCCUGGGUGGGCUGGAGGUUUGGAAUCAGGCAAAGUCAGCAUGAAAUGUCAACGAGUCUGGGGAGAGCACCAGUGGACGGAGGCAGACCCACGUGAGCCGGGCCGUGGGCAGGAGCACGCGCCAGCCCGUCUGACCCAGCCCAGGGCUGUGGGGGAGCCGGCUCCUCUGUAGACCUAUGGGCAUUUGGCUGCUUAGAUGAUGUCACCCCCACGCCUGACGUCACUGCUGAAAGAAACGCAGCCAGCAGGCCUGCUCCGCUGUGUGGGUGAUGGGAAGUCUGUUUUUACAAAAUCAGUGUCUAAGGACUUUGGUGAUGAGGAUGUUUGAGGCUGGAGGCAUCGGGUCAAGUGUUAUCAACAUGGGGGAGAUAGCUGGGGCAGGAGAGCGGCGGGAUGACUCGGGAAUGGGAGCCAGAGAGACAGAAGUGGGCUGCUUAGAACCUCCCAGGAACACCUGCAUUUGGCAGUGCUUCCUGCUCGCCAUCAUCACCACCACCAUCAUCACCAUCAUCACCAUCGUCAUCAUCAUCAUCCCCAUACCAUCAUCGUCAUCCCCAUACCGUCAUCGUCAUCCC